UUCUAUCUUCUAAUCGUCCAGGGGUCUAACGACACGCUGGCUGGGGUCACCACAUGACAGAACCUCACCCCAGGAGAAAUGACAGCAUGCUGCUGACGUCAUAAUGUAUUCUUCCGUAUGACCACAAGUUGACGUCUGGCCGUGACACGUGACCAAGUGGUCCCACUGUAGGUCGGGUCAGGACCGCCAAUGUCAACCCUGGAUGACCCCAGGGCACCUGAAAAUGUUGUGACAAGUACUGUAGCACCAUGAUUCUUGCUGCAUCAUUUGUUCCAACAAUGAUCGAAUGUUGCUGGGAGCCUUUAGCCGCACUCUAUAGUCUCGAAAAAACUACGUAAUUAUUAUUAAUAAAUUGUAGUUAGUGCUUGUAUAAACAAUAGCUCAUCUUAGUCGUUUUAUACUUGUAAUCAGUAUUAGAUUUUGCGAAUUCAGCGCGUUAUCAUGAACAUGUUGGGAGGCCUAGUAGAUAGAGGGUCAAGGCGCAGGCGGCGUGGGCGGGUAGCAGGCUCGCUCCAGCUUGUUGAUAGUGUAUAUACCUCAUGCCUUCACUACACAAUAUUAUUGUAACUGUGCCAGUUCAAACCAAAAUUAUGUCACUGGGUACUGGAGUAUUAACAAUACCCGCAACGGUACGGCACGUGAAAGAUUGAGCAAAUAAUGCUGGAGAGUGGAGGUGGUGGCGAAGCUUGGGCACUAGAGCGCCCCCAGCAGGGCACACUGGCAGUGGUUCACCGCCGGUGUAUGCAGCAACACCCUCCAGGCAGUGCCAGAGCCCUGGUCGGAGCAGUGAGAGUGACUCAGGUGGUCUGCUAGUGGCGUGUGGGUAAACCGGUGACACAGUACGAUGAAACUUUCAAAGAUGAACCAGACCGUCCCUGAUAGUGCCCGACGCCGGGUCUGCAUCCUGGGUAUUGUCAGCAUGGUGAUGGCCGCGGUACAAGUGGUGGCGCUGGUGGUCAAGCUGAGCUUUGUCGUCGCCCCCCAACACCGCGACAUUCAGGUGUUGGCGAUGUGCGGCGGGAUGGCUGCCACCAUUGCUGCCUACCUCCUCCUCACCACCAGACUACUCUUCCUCUUCUACAAGAUGCGGUACGAGGAGACGGCCGGGCCGGAGUGGUUGUGGUGGCUGGCGACCAUGGCUCUGGUGAUGUUCAACGCUAUGCUGGUGGUGUGGUUCAUCCUCCUGGAGGACGUGACGCAGGUCGUCGUCGCCUGCCUCGCCACCCUCGCCUACAUCGUCUUCUUCAAGUUCGCCAAGGACGACAUCAUGACGCUUCGUCAGCACCACACCACCAAGAGCAGCGAGGAGACGACUUGAAGGAUGAGUGGCGGCCACACCCAGGGCCACAGCCGGGGCCACACCCUGGGCCAGACCCAGGGCCACAGCCAGGGCCACAGCCGGGGCCACACCCGGCCUCCCCGCCUGAGGAUGUUGGUGAUCAUGGUGUAUUAGUGACAAUACUGCCUCCACCCCUCUCUCUCUCUCUCUUGUUAAUCAUGUGCUGUGUCACACUCUCUUGUUCAUGUGCUGUGUCACACUCUCUUGUUCAUGUGCUGUGUCACACUCUCUUGUUCAUGUGCUGUGUCACACUCUCUUGUUCAUGUGCUGUGUCACACUCUCUUGUUCAUGUGCUGUGUCACACUCUCUUGUUCAUGUGCUGUGUCACACUCUCUUGUUCAUGUGCUGUGUCACACUCUCUUGUUCAUGUGCUGUGUCACACUCUCUUGUUCAUGUGCUGUGUCACACUCUCUUGUUCAUGUGCUGUGUCACACUCUCUUGUUCAUGUGCUGUGUCACACUCUCUUGUUCAUGUGCUGUGAUACACUCUCUUGUUCAUGUGCUGUGUCACACUCUCUUGUUCAUGUGCUAUGUCACACUCUCUUGUUCAUGUGCUAUGGCACACUCUCUUGUUCAUGUGCUGUGUCACACUCUCUUGUUCAUGUGCUGUGUCACACUCUCUUGUUCAUGUGCUGUGUCACACUCUCUUGUUCAUGUGCUAUGUCACACUCUCUUGUUCAUGUGCUGUGUCACACUCUCUUGUUCAUGUGCUGUGUCACACUCUCUUGUUCAUGUGCUGUGUCACACUCUCUUGUUCAUGUGCUGUGUCACACUCUCUUGUUCAUGUGCUGUGUCACACUCUCUUGUUCAUGUGCUGUGUCACACUCUCUUGUUCAUGUGCUGUGUCACACUCUCUUGUUCAUGUGCUGUGUCACACUCUCUUGUUCAUGUGCUGUGUCACACUCUCUUGUUCAUGUGCUGUGAUACACUCUCUUGUUCAUGUGCUGUGUCACACUCUCUUGUUCAUGUGCUAUGUCACACUCUCUUGUUCAUGUGCUAUGGCACACUCUCUUGUUCAUGUGCUGUGUCACACUCUCUUGUUCAUGUGCUGUGUCACACUCUCUUGUUCAUGUGCUGUGUCACACUCUCUUGUUCAUGUGCUGUGUCACACUCUCUUGUUCAUGUGCUAUGUCACACUCUCUUGUUCAUGUGCUGUGUCACACUCUCUUGUUCAUGUGCUGUGUCACACUCUCUUGUUCAUGUGCUGUGUCACACUCUCUUGUUCAUGUGCUGUGUCACACUCUCUUGUUCAUGUGCUGUGUCACACUCUCUUGUUCAUGUGCUGUGUCACACUCUCUUGUUCAUGUGCUGUGUCACACUCUCUUGUUCAUGUGCUGUGUCACACUCUCUUGUUCAUGUGCUGUGUCACACUCUCUUGUUCAUGUGCUGUGUCACACUCUCUUGUUCAUAUGCUGUGAUACUAAAGUCUUAACACAUUAAAGAUUCUCUCUCUAUAUACCUCGGAAUUGGACACAAUAAAACACUAACAUUUCCACUAA